AUGUCUUCUUCAAUGAAAGAAUGCCUGCAGCUUCAGCUGCUAGAGAUGGAAAUGCUGUUUUCUAUGUUUCCUAACCAAGGAGAAGUAAAACUUGAAGAUGUAAAUGUCCUGACGAAUAUAAAGCGAUAUUUGGAAGGCACAAGAGAGGCGCUGCCGCCAAAAAUCGAAUUUGUGAUUACCCUCCAGAUUGAGGAGCCCAAGGUGAAAAUUGAUUUGCAAGUAACCAUGCCUCACAGCUACCCCUAUGCAGCAUUGCAGCUAUUUGGACGGUCGUCUGAGCUUGACAGACAACAGCAACUACUUCUCAACAAAGGUCUCACUUCUUAUAUAGGGACUUUUGAUCCAGGUGAGCUCUGUGUAUGUGCGGCAAUCCAGUGGUUGCAGGACAAUAGUGCCUCCUAUUUCCUGAACAGAAAGCUUGUUUACGAACCAUCUACACAAGCAAAGCCAGUCAAGAACACAUUCCUCCGAAUGUGGAUCUACAGUCACCACAUAUAUCAGCAGGACCUAAGAAAAAAGAUUUUGGAUGUUGGGAAAAGGUUAGACGUGACUGGAUUUUGCAUGACAGGAAAGCCGGGUAUAAUCUGUGUGGAGGGCUUCAAAGAGCACUGUGAGGAAUUCUGGCACACAAUUAGGUAUCCCAACUGGAAACACAUUUCCUGUAAGCAUGCUGAAAGUGUCGAAACCGAAGGAAAUGGAGAGGAUCUGCGCCUUUUCCAGUCUUUUGAAGAAUUACUCCUUGAGGCCCAUGGUGACUAUGGAUUAAGGAAUGACUAUCACAUGAAUCUGGGCCAAUUCUUAGAAUUUCUGAAAAAACACAAAAGUGAGCAUGUGUUCCAGAUACUAUUUGGUAUUGAAAGUAAAAGGUCAGACUCCUAGGAAGCUUAAUUAAGAGGCCUAUGCUUGUAAUUUCACUAAGGCAGUAUUUCUGUUAAUAAGACCAAAAUAAAAGGGCCAGUGGCUGUUUAGUAUCCUCUGUGAGACACCUAGCCCCCAAAUUUUU